CGCCGUGGGGCCGCGCAGUUGACUCCGGUGCAGACUUGACACUUGAGCUGAUAACGCGCGGCGAAAGUUCGCCUUCGACGCACCGCGGCCAAUGCCAAAUUCCUGGUCCACGCGCGGCAUUCUCCCUUCUACGCCUCCGAGUUGACAGUUGCCCAAGACACCCCCCGAUUUCUGCUGCCCGGAGCCGAGUGGUUAGCGCCGGGUUUUGGAAGUGUCCGCCGAAUUUGCGGAGGUUGCAGCAGUAUUACGGCAUCGCCGGUGGGGACGUGACCUUGUUCAGUUUAUUGUGCGAAUUCGACAGCUGUUGCGCCGCGAGUGUGAUUAGGGAGCGACCAUGCCUGGACCGCUAUUGGGGAAAGUCGCCUUCGUUACUGGCGCUGGUUCGGGAAUCGGACGGGCGAUAUGCCGUGUGAUGUCUCGGGACGGAGCCCAUAUUGUUGCUGCGGACAAGAACUUGGCUAGUGCGCAGGAGACCAUCGCCACCUUGGGAUCAGAGGCUCUGGCUCUGGAAGUGGAUGUGUCAUCAACCGAUAGUGUUGCCAAAGCUCUUUCGGCUACUUUAGACAAAUACAAGCGUCCUCCAGGCGUUAUUGUCAACUCAGCUGGAAUUGUUCGCGACAACUACUUCCUAAAAAUGCCCGAAAAAGACUUCGAUGCAGUUUAUAAAGUUAAUUUGAAGGGAACUUUCCUUGUAAUGCAGUACUUCGCCAAAAGCUUGGUUGAAUACAAGAAGACUGGGACAAUCAUCAAUCUCUCGAGUAUCAUUGCCAAAAUUAACAACGUCGGCCAGGCCAACUACACAGCAAGCAAAUCUGGAGUUAUUUCACUGACGAAGGUCGCAGCGAAGGAAUUCGGAAAAUUCAAUAUUCGCGUUAAUGCAGUGCUUCCAGGCUUUAUUGACACUCCAAUGGUUGCAGGCAUUCCAGACAAAGCCAAAGAAGCAGCCCUGGCAUCGUGCCCACUUAAUCGAUUGGGCAAACCAGAGGAGAUUGCCGAGGUGAUCGCAUUUUUGGCGUCUGAUAAGGCGUCAUAUAUUAAUGGUGCCACUAUUGAAGUCACUGGUGGUCUGUAGACCAUCCUUAUUAGAUAUUUCGACAAAAGUUAAUUUCUUUCAUAUAUUUUUGUAAACGUUUAUGUUAUUUUUUUAAAUAAUAAAAAUGGUAAUUUUGUAAUGAGUAA